AUGUCCUCCGCGCCGCCGCAAACGAACGGCGUUACGCCCUCUACUACAGCCGCUCCCGCCGCGAACCCUACCCAAGGAGCGUCCGCCGCGACGACCGCGAACCCUGCCGCCGCCGGUGGCCCAUCAUCCACAUCACAGCCCACGGCCGCCGCCGCGCCGCGACCGCGAGACGCCCGCCUCAUCGAGCUCCUGCUGACCUCGCAGGGCGUGACGUCGUACGAGCAGCGCGUGCCCCUUCUUCUCCUCGACUUUGCCUACCGCCACACCUCGUCCAUCCUCAACGACGCGCUGCACCUCUCCGGCGACCCUUAUGUCUCGCAGGCCGGCGCCAAACCCUCGGCGACCGCGGGCGCCAGCGCCGCAGCCCCUGGAGACGCUGCCAUAUCCGCCAACGCCAUCAAACUCGCCGUCGCGGCCCGCCUCGGCUAUCAGUUCCGGGGUGGCAGCUCCGGCGGCGGCAUCAGCAAGGAGUACAUGCAGGAGCUGGCCCGCGAGCGCAACAAGGUCGCUCUCCCGCGCGUCGUCACCCACGAGUGGGGCGUGCGUCUGCCCAGCGAGCGCUUCGUCCUCAGCGGCACCAGCUGGGGCCUGCAGGACGUUUGGAAUGAGAUUGGUGACGAAGAGGUGCCCGAGGCGGCUGGCGGCGAUGCGAUGGAGGGCAUCCAGGGCCCGGCACUGGAAGAUGUGGAUGGCGACGGUGUUGAAGGCGGCACAGUCGAGGAUAUGUUUGGCGAUGACGUCGAUGAGGAAAUGGCCGAAUAA